GAGCGCGGUGCUGACUGCCGCGGCAGAGGAAGCCAGCCGGAGCCCGGACCCGGAGGAGCCCCCUGCCCCCUCGGCCUGGUCAGGCCCCACGCUAUGGAGUUUUUCUGGGCCCCUCUCUUAGGUCUGUGCUGCAGUCUGGCCGCUGCGGAUCGCCACACGGUCUUCUGGAACAGUUCAAAUCCCAAGUUCUGGAAUGAUGACUACACAGUCCAUGUACAGCUGAAUGACUACCUGGACAUCAUCUGUCCGCAUUAUGAGGACGACUCUGUGGCAGUUGCUGCCAUGGAGCAGUACACGCUCUACUUGGUGGAGGGUGAGGAAUACCAGCUAUGCCAGCCCAAAUCCAAGGACCAGGUCCGCUGGCAGUGCACCCAGCCCAGGGCCAGGCAUGGCCCAGAGAAGCUGUCUGAGAAGUUCCAGCGCUUCACACCCUUCACCCUGGGCAAGGAGUUCAAAGAAGGACAUAGCUACUAUUACAUCUCUAAGCCCAUCCACCACGAAGGAGACCAGUGCUUGAGGUUAAAGGUGAUCGUCAACGGCAAAACCACUAAUAGUCCUCAGGCCCAUGCCAAUCCACAGGAGAAGAGACUUCCAGCAGAUGACCCGGAAGUGCAGGUUCUACAUAGCAUCGGUGACAGUGCUGCACCCCGCCUCUUUCCACUUGUCUGGGCUGUGCUGCUCCUGCCACUUCUGCUGCUGCAAACCCCGUGAAUGUGUACGCCACACCUGGCUUAAGGAUUGGCACUGGGCUGAGGGGGCGGGGCAGGCACCCCUCACCUAUCUUGGGACAGCUCCUAAAGCCCCAGCCUUGGGUACCACUCCCACCACAUACACAAGCUGCUACCCAGCAGCCUCAAAACGGGUCAGUAUUAAGGGUUUCAACCCAAAGGAGUUCAGCAAGCCUGGCAGUGCCAUCCCUGCCUCCACCUCAGAGGGAUGGAAAAAGAAGUGGGGAAAGCCUUUCCCUGACAGUCCUGCCCUUAAGCCAAAGAAACAAGCUGUGCUGACAUGGCCCCUAAAAGGGCCCAGUGGGAGCCGGGCUGGCAGGUGCCUGGGGUCAUGCAGAUGGAUGGACAGACGCUGAGCUUGGCAGAGAUGCCACUCCCAGAGAGAGUCAGGAUGCCCAUAUGAACUGAAGGAAAGUGAGCAACAGUUUCCUGCUUGGAAGCAAGGGACAGGAGCAACAUGUUUGGGCUGACCCAGCAUCUCCCCUGAAGACUUCCAUCUGUGGAGCUGCCACAGCGAGGUUUGUAGCCGGGCACUGCAUCCUCUCCCCAUCCCAGGGCAGCACGCCCCAGAGCUGUGCCAGCAGGGAGGCUGUGCCAACCCGAUCUUAGAGUGUAGCUGGAAGGGCAGUGCCCAUGUGUACCACGUCUGUGCCUAGAGUAUAACCUGUAGGGCAGGGCCCACAUGUACAGUAUCUGUAUAUAAACUUUCUGUAUGUCUGUGCUGAUUUCUACAACUGGAGUUUUUAUACAGUGUUUUUUGUCUCAUAAUAAAGUCAUGUGUUUUUUGUUUUUUUUUUUUAACAUGCUUUUUCUGCUCCUCCAUACUAGUUUAUGACCAUUCAGGCAAAAACACAGGGCUUUGUGCUGCGGUCUGUCCUCCACCUGCAGUAACUGGGUGUUAAUUCCUUUCCUUACGUCUCUGAAGGACAAGUGCCCCUGCCAGGCCAAGAUGGUGGGGUGUUUCCUCUUCUGAGGGGUGUCCAGGACAGGAGUGCUCCCACAAUAGUCUCUCAGGUUCUAGGCUCCCAGUUUGCAAGUUCCUCUUGCCCAACCUCUGGCCCACUCCCACCCCCUCAGUGCUGGGCUCUGGCACAUGGUUCAGGCACUCAUGCUGUUUGGGUGAGUCAGGACAGCCGCUCAAAGUAAAGCCAGCUGAGGCAUGCGGCCCGCCCGACAGCCCCACCAGCAGGGGCGUGUGGGAGGCUGGGAGGGAAAGUUCCCAGAAACAUGGAGGAUGGACUAUGGGGGUCAGUGAUAGGGGAUUCGGUGGAUUGGCCAAGUCAUGUAAAGUUGGCAAUGUGCCUGAAGGAAGAGGGCAUCCGAUCAAGACUCCGCGAUUUCUGGUAAUCCCUUAUUUACGGAAGAGAUUGGGUAGAGGCUUUAGCAAACUCCGGAAAAAAAAGUCCCAAACCCUGGGAAAUUGAGGUUCUGAUUUGGGGGAAAAAAAA